CGUAACUCCUUCAGAUGAGUCUCGGUUGUCCAAACUACUAUUAAAUGAAAACAAUACUUUUAUUGACCAUCAUACAGUGGUGUAAAUAAACGGUAAUAAACGAUGUAACUGUGCAGUGUAUACUAGCUAUAGACGUCAGAUUGAAGAUAUGUAAUCAUGGCUGAAGAUAGAGAAGUAUUAAGAGAAAUAUGGGAAGGCAGGAUACCUGUUUGCUUUACACUUGCAGAAGAGGAAGUUUAUAGUGGUGAACAGCCAGACCCAUAUUAUUUACUGGUUCCAAGGCAAAGUUAUUUCCCUCUAGUUACAGAUAAAGUUCAGCGUCAUUUUGUUCAAAGUGUCGACCCUGAGAAACAUGGAGAAAUGUGGCUGGAAUAUGAAGGGCAGCCUUUAAAAUGGCAUUAUCCUGUUGGUGUUCUAUUUGAUCUCUUUACAAGUGGUAAUUGUUUACCAUGGAAAAUUACAGCGCAUUUUCAGGGGUUUCCUGAAGAAGAGCUCUUACAUUGCCCUUCAAAAGAAGCAAUCGAGUCCCAUUUUAUGUCUGUGGUGAAAGAAGCCGAUGCUUUAAAACAUCGUGGACAGCUGGUCAAUAAUAUGCAGAAAAAAGACCAUAAACAAUUAUGGACUGGAUUACAAAAUGAUAAAUUUGAUCAGUUUUGGUCAGUAAAUAAAAAGUUAAUGGAAUCAUCAGGAGAAGAUAUGUUUAAAUAUAUUCCAUAUAGAAUUUAUCAGAUAGACAGACCAUAUAUACAGAAAUUAUUUCGACCAGUGACAGAAGAAGGUGAUUAUAAUACACUGGCUGAUUUAUUAAAGUCUGUUAAUGGUGGGGAAUCUACAGAUAAUAGAGAAGAUGUUUUGAAGAACAGGCGUGUUUUAAUACAGGGUAUCGAACCACCAUUAGAAACACCAGUUUUAUGGUUGAGUGAACAUUUUAGUUAUCCAGAUAAUUUUCUUCAUAUAUGUAUUGUAAAUAAAAUCAAAAAUGAGAGCUGAUAUGUGAUUUAAUAAAGCUAUAUUUAUUGUAACUUGAUAAAUGAAGCACGCUUUUUCAAAAUGCCAUGUGUAAAUUCGGGAGGAUAAACAGAUUCCAUUGGAAAUGGCAUUUAAUUGUAAAAUUAAAUUCUAGAUAUUAUAUGAAAGUUUUUAAUGCAUAUUUCAUAAAUACAACUUAAUAUAUUUGUGAUGGCCAUAAUUAAGAUGUUUUUGACAGAGGUGAGAACAUAAUCAAGUCACAUUAAAGACCCAACUGUUUCACAGAGGAUUACGAAAAUCGUCUAAUAUCUCUGUAAAAGAUGCCUACCUUCAACACGUGACGUCUCAUCAGGCUGCGUCAAUCAUUGGCUCAGUGGCGCAUGCAUUGUUUCCAUAAGACCUUACUGGUUCGGGCAGAAUGGAGUCUUUACUCAUUUUAAUACCCAUUUACACUAAAUAGGAAAUAAUUUUUACCUACAAAUAUGCCAGACAUCUUUAUUUUUCUAAUACAUCAAAAAAAAUGUUUUAGAAUUUAAUUUGUCGGAGGAAAAAAGUUAAUAUUUGUGUCUCAUUAAGUCGCAUCGAUGUCAUCCUUAUCAGUGAUUGUAGCAAUCUAGCGAAUAUUCACUGCUGAUUAGUGUGCUAAGGAUUUAUGUCGUGGUGAGGGAACAUAACUCUAACUUGUCUUCUUCAUCGUGAUUGCCGACUCAUUUGAUGAACUGGCAACUUGAACAAGACUUGGGCUUUGACUCGGUACAAAAGUCAGCGACAUGGGACUUGACUUGGACUUGUUCCCACCUCUGGUUUUUAUACGGCCACAUUGAAAUGUAUAUUGUCAUCGCCCCGUCCGUCCGUCGUCCACAAUUGCUUGUGGACGCUCUAGAGGCUAAUUUCCAAUAAUUACUGCCAGAGUCAUGGCCCUUGAUCACUUUGAAAAAUCUUGUGGACGCUCUACAGGCAAAAGUUAAUAUCCGAUUGACUUUAAAUUUAUACAGUGUUUAAGGUCAUGGGACGAAUAAGUCUAUUCAUUUUCAGUGAUUUUCGAUAAUUGCUGCCAGAGUUGUGGCCCUUGAUCACUUCAAAGAAUCUUGUAAAUGCGCUAGACUCUAGAGGCUAAAGUUAAUAUCCAAUUGACUUUAAAUUUAUACACAGUGUUUGAGGUCAUGAGACAAGAAUCCCAUUGAUUUUCAAUGAUUUCCGAUUGACUUCAGAUUGAUACAUAGAGUUUAAGAUCUUGAGGCGAACAAGUAUAUUGAUUUUUUAAAUUAACUUUUAUGACUAGAACAGCUAAAUCCAUGAUAUUAAAAGUUUUGUAUACUAAACGUUAGCAUGGGGCAGAACUUUAUAAAAACCAAACAAAUUCUAAUAGUUUUCUGAUAAUUACUUCAUGAGUUGUUACUCUUAAUCAGAUUUUAGUGUAUUAUAAAAAUAUGAGACAACACUUGUUGACUCCCCGGACAAUUUAGCUGCUGUGGGCGUAUGUUUUGUUGCUUGGCAGCCUAUCUUUUAAUGAAUUUAAUAGUAUUUAGUAUUGUGGAUAUUUUUUGUUGAAAGAAAUUUUAUGAAAACAUUCUAUUUAAAUGUAUCGUAUUUUUUUUGUUGUAAUUAAUAAAAAAAUAAACUGGA